GCUCUGGUGAAGUACACGCCCAGUUCCCCAGCAUCCAUCCAGCCUGGAGGAGUCCGGGGAGAUCCGCUUCAUGUGUGCCGGAGAUCGGAGCGGGACAUGAGGAGCUCUAUAUGUACAAAUGGCCAAUGUACGGGUAGCUCUCCGGGUGCGACCUCUCAGCAAACGAGAGAUUGCGGAAGGAAGAAGAAUCAUACUAAAUGUCGAUGACAAAAUAGCAAGGAUUAGAAAUGUAAAGUUGGAUUAUAGAGCAGAUGGCUGCGGGGACCCCAGAGAGCGGUUCAUGGAGUUUGGCUUUGAUUACUGCUAUUGCUCUGUAGAUCCCGAUGAUCCAAAAUAUGCAUCUCAGGAAGUGGUAUUCCAAGAUCUGGGUAACACGGUACUCUCAGAGGCCAUUAAGGGAUAUAAUGUGUGUUUAUUUGCCUAUGGACAGACUGGCUCAGGGAAAACAUAUACCAUGAUGGGAACUCCGACCUCUAUUGGAUUAACACCCCGCAUUUGUGAGGGUCUUUUCUGCUAUAAUGCUGAUCCCCUAGGCGCUGCAUCCUCAUGCCGGAUAGAAGUGAGCUUUCUAGAAAUUUAUAACGAACGUGUCCGGGACUUGUUACAUCAAGGAGACCAGAAGAAACCUUACACUUUACGGGUUCGGGAACACCCAGAAAAAGGCCCAUAUGUUCAAGGGCUAUCCCAGCAUGUAGUCACCAGUUAUGAACAAGUUGUAGCCUUGCUGGAGGAAGGAAUGGAGAACAGGAUUACAGCAGCCACUCAUAUCCAUGAUGCCAGCAGUCGGUCUCAUGCUAUUUUCACCAUCCAAUAUACCCAGGCAAUUUUGGAAGAUAACAUGCCAUCAGAAAUAACCAGCAAAGUUAACCUGGUGGAUUUGGCAGGGAGUGAAAGAGCUUCUCCAAAUUACUGCAAAGACCGACUGACAGAGGGCUCCAACAUCAACCGAUCCCUAGUAACGCUUGGCAUUGUUAUCUCUGCAUUAGCUCAUAAUUCUCAGAUGAGUAGUAGCUGCCAGAGCAUCAACAGUAUUAUCAGUGAUGGGGAUAGCGGAAUCCAAGGCAGCAGCCCAUCCGGAAGUAGCAUCAGUGGAUCAAAGCGCCAGCCAUUUGUACCCUACAGAGACUCUAUCUUGACCUGGCUUUUAAAGGACAGUCUUGGAGGCAAUUCAAAAACAAUCAUGAUUGCCACUGUAUCUCCUGCAAGUAGCAGCUACAAUGAAACAAUAAGCACCUUGAGAUAUGCUUCUAAUGCCAAAAACAUCAUCAAUAAACCUCGAGUGAAUGAGGAUACCAAUGUUAAACUGAUCCGUGAGCUAAGAGAAGAAAUUAACAGACUGAAAGCUAUGCUGAGGAACUUUGAAUUGAGAGCCAUUAGCCCUGCAUUCAGUGAAGAAAGAGAUGGGAAUCUUACGGAACUGGUACGACAGAAUGAAUUAAAGAUUGAGCAGCUCACCAAGGACUGGACAGACAAGUGGACAGAUAAAGAGGCCCUUAUGGAGCAAUAUAAUGUUGACAUCGACCAUGGGAAAGCCAGAGUGACCAUUGAUUCUGGUUUACCUCAUCUCAUUGCUAUGGAUGAUGAUAUACUUAGCACUGGAGUGGUGAUUUAUCAGCUAAAGGAGGGAACAACGAACAUCGGGAAGGGUGAUCAUGAUAUAGUGUUACAGGGUGAAUGCAUUGAGCAGGAUCACUGUAUAAUUGAGAACAACUUUGGAGUUGUAGAACUGCGGCCAAUCUCAGGAGCUCUCUGCACAGUCAACGGGCAAGAAGUCACAGAUGUCUGUCGCCUCUGCCAAGGAGCUGUAAUUGUAUUAGGGAAGUCUCACAAAUUUCGAUUUAACCACCCCGCAGAGGCUGCUGUCCUGAGGCAAAUGAGAUCUGAGAGCCAGGCCUCUUUUGUAAGCGAUUGUUCUUUGGACUGGCUGGACCUGUCCGGAGAUUAUUCUUCUUCCAAAGAGAAUUCACUCAUCUUGAACACAAGCAACAGUACAGAGACUGUGUCUGAGGAAUAUCCGCAGUGGAAAACGGACGUGGAAUCGUCUUAUCGACAAGUAGAAGAGCAGCAGAGAUACGUGGAAGAUUUGAAAAGGCAGAUCCAGGUUGCACAAGUGAAGGGAGAGAAGGAACUGGAACAGGAACAGACUCUGCUCAAUCAGCAAAUACUAGAAAACCAGCAGUGGCUUGUGAAAGAGAAGCAGCGGCUAACUGUAGCAUGUCAAGAGAGAAAGGAAUCAGCAUCUCAAACUGAGACCAAAACAUACGCAGAGGUUGAAAUACAGAACUGUGUACAAACUGAAGUCAAUCCCUCUCCAGAGGAGGUGGACAGAAAGCAACUGUUGCAGCUGGAACUGCUGCGCAAAUGCUCCCUUCGGAGGGCUGAGCGAAAUAUUCGAAGAAAAAGGCUAAAGUUUCAGCUGGAGAGGAUUGUAAAAAAGCAAAAACUCUUAGAAGCAAAGACAACUCUCCAACAACUGGAAGAUACAUGCUGGAUUAAUGAUGAUGUACUGAAGCCAGUUUAUCUACAAGCACCUAAACUUCAAGACCAUGUGGUACUUUCUUCAUCACUAGAAAGAACUAGGUCUUCUUCUUUUUCUUCUUCCUCUAUAUUAUCAUACUAUAAGAGGCGCUCAUUGCCUUGGACUUUACAGACACUUCCUACAUAUAGUGCUCUCAUAAAAAGAAAAUGUAAAAGUGAGCUGGUACAAAAAUCCAAGACCCGUGAGAACAAAAAGCCCCUACGAGCUGUGUCGAUAGAUUGUCUUGUUAAAACUUCACCCACUGGAGGCAGCUGUGAAGAAGUGGACAGUGAACCAUCCAUUGUAGAAUCUGCAAGCCCACAAGCGGAAAAGAGAACCAAUAACCUGCUUAUUAGUUACAGCAACUCUGGUGCUACAAUUUUUUCAAGUGAUCCACAAAUGAGCAAAAAACGGCAAAAAAUGGAUAAAGCUGGUGGUGGAUCAAAAGGACUUUCCAGCUGUUCUACUGAGCCACCAAAGAAAAAAAAUAUACGAGCUCCUGUAAAUAUAGGAACCAAGGACACAAAAUUAAAAGCAACUAAAUGUCAGUCACAACCUACUGUUGGUAUACCUAGAAAAAACACAGUGUUGGAGAAGAACAAAAUCACAGCAAAAAGUGGGAGUAUAAAAUCUCCACCAGAAAAAUAUGCCAAGAAUAGUCAGAGCUCAUCUGGCCCAGGAAAGAUUCCAACUAGGGAACCAUUUUCAGCAAAAACGGUAAAAAGAAACAUGACAGUGUCAACACCAAGUACUAAAACAAAACCAAUUAAUGGGGCUAAUAAGAUAUCAUCUUCUGUUGUCAACAUUUCCAAAGUUAACCAUUGUCAUGAAGACCCCCAUGAAAUGGAGAGGAAGUGGAUGAGCACAGAGAGACUCAAUAGGGGACCUCUGAGAUCAAAUAUACAAGGACUUGAACACUGGAAAGAGGAUGAUAACAGUGACUCUUCUGAUGGUGAAAGCUACUAUUCUGUAGAUUCUCUGUCUUCUGCAUAUACCAGUGCCUUAAAUGAACAACUGAAGCAGGAAGAUAAAGAGAGGCAGAAAUAUAGCAAGAGGGAUUCUGACAGCGAGGACAGCCAAAUGUCACAGGACUCACUGUUGGAAAGAGAAAACAAAAAGGAUAGGCAUAUUAAACACAGAUAUAACAGGUACAAGACAUCUGGGACUCAUUCUGGUUCUUUUAAAAGUUUAACAGAAGAUCACAACUCAUUUCCUUUAGUUACAACUGGGUCAGUUACUACUGGAUUCUCAAAAAGUUUUUCUCUAGACAGUUUGGCUGAUUCUGAUGAAGUACCAGAUGCGGAUUCGUCUGAAGAACUACCAGCAGAGAUCUUCUGGAAACUCCAGAGUCCUAGGUGUUUAAAUAUGACUGAUAAUGAUCAGAAGAAUAUAGACAUCACAACCCCAUGGGAAAAUACAGCUCUACAAAGAAGUGCCUCGUUUUACCUUAAGAUAAAUAAUGAUGCUACCAUGGCAUACAGAGAUACCUCAACACCACCUUUGAAUGUUCAUGAUGUAAAAUCCCAUCAAAUUCCCCUUAGUUCACCUGUUUUUAAUAGUGAACACACUUUGCAUGGAUUAUCAACUGAAAAGUGUACUGUAGAACCUGCUGUGAAUACGCUUUACCAAGACGCUUCCUGUCUUGACAAUAAGGCUGAUAAAACGGAUUCAGACUUCACACAUAUUGAAGGGACGGAAAUAUCUACUGAAAAUCUUGUUAUUAAAAGCAAAUCUAGGGCAUCUCCUGACAUACAGGAAGAAUUGAAUGUACAGCACUGUCACGAUCCAGAACCACUCUACAAAAACCUAAAUAUAUUUAAUGUUGAGGGAGAUCAACCAAACACUAGUCAUAUCAAAGAUGUCAAAGUAAAAUGUUUUGAAAACCAGAAACCUAUUCAUGAAUGUAUUAUUGACAACAAUGAUUGUUCCAUUAGACAUUUAGAUGACUUGCAUACAUCAAAACAUCAUUCAGAUUUUCCUGAUUUAUCAAACAAUUACAUGGAAAGUGAGAAAAAUACUCAGAAAUCCUUUCUAGAAAAAAAGAAUGUAGCUUUGGAGCCCAUUGGUUUUGCCAAAACUGAGGUAAAUAAAAUACCACAAUCAUUGUUGGACCCAACAACAGAUGAAGUCAGCAAAAAAGAAGUCACAGUUUCUGUGAGAACUGAUGUUAACGGGGAUCUCGGAACAUGCAGCCAGGAUAUAAAAGAUAACCAUAAAGAAUCUGUAGAACUAAAUGAAGUAAAUAAUGAAGCAAGCAUUGCACAAGGAAAUAAUGCAGAAGAAGAACUGACAGAGUGUAAUAAAAAUCUUUCUAUAUCAAGGAAUUCUGUAAAUUUAAAUACAGCUGUAAGUACAGUAGUCUUAAAAAGUUCAAACCAGGAUACGGAGCAAAAUAUCCAUUCAAAAUACAGCUCUAAUGUAAUGCCAUCGGAAAUUACUGAUGAAGAAUGUAAACCUAGAGAGAUGUUUGUUUUACAUUUAACUCACGAGAAUGGUGAAAUUCAUGACCAUACUGAUGCCAGUAUCAAAAACCUUGACAGAAAUGUAACACAAGUAGGGUUAACAUGUGUGCAAACUGACUAUCUGAAUAACCAAACUACAGUUCUCAGUGAUACUUGUUCAGAAUUUAACAGGUCUGUAAUUUUACAUUAUAAUCAUUUAGAGAGUGAAAAAGUCCAAAACAUGUUGACUGGGAUUACAAACGUGCUACAAACAGAACACAUGCAAAUUCAUAGUGGCCUCGAGACUCCCAAUUUGAUAUCAGAAGUGACAGAAUACAAAGAAGCUCUAGAUGUAAAUGAGAACACAGAGUGCAAGCUGGAAAAACAUUUGUCUGAUAAAUAUAAUAUCUAUGAAAAUAAAGUUGCUGAUCCCCUUCAAAGAUUGAUUAUUGAUAGGCAUUGCAAAACUCCAUCUGUUGACAAUGCUGACAUGAGCACAUCAGGUCUAAUGGCCAACCAACCAUUUUGUGUUGUGAAAAAUAAAAAUCACACAAUGUUUGUUGAUCAGAGUGAGUCAAUAAAUAUAACACCACUAAUAAUAUAUAAUAACCUUGUCCAACAUAAUGAAAAUCUUGGCAAUGAUGACUUUCCUCUUUCUAGAACUGAGGAUGGAUCUGGUGACAGCCACAAGGACACAAAAAGUACAAGUUUUUUUAGUGUCUCACCAGAGGCUGAAAAGGAAGUCACCAGCAGUUCACCAGUAAUAAACCUCAAUGACCUUCCUUCUACUGAGCACUUACUUCCAAGGUCAAGUAUAUUACCUAGCGGAAAUAUGCCUGAGUACAACAGCCCUGAACAUAAGGAAAGCAGAGUAAAUGGAUGCUUCAGUAAACAUCCUGGUAACAUCCCUUCAAAUCAUUCAGAAACUGCACUUUUUGACAAGACUUGUGAAUUUCAACAUCAUCCUCUUGACAUAAAUAGUAAUGAACAAAGUGCAUCUUGGAGUUCUUGUGAUGAUAAUACAGGGCCAGUAUCCAGUCUCAAUAAUACACAAUAUGUUUUAAAUUGCAAUCCAUCUGGUGAGGCCCUUGUUCAAACAAAUUCCUGGAAAGAGAAAGGGAUAUUACCAGAAGAGAGAAUGCAGAAUUUACAGUCUUUAUCUGAAGACAUUCAGCAAGUGCAUACAUUAAAUAUAGAACCCCUGAAACCACAUUAUGCUAGUGAUCUCCUUAAUUGUAAAAAUGAUAUACACUAUUGUAAACCAGAUUCUGAACUGCAAAAAGCUAUAUGUCUUCCAGAACAAGCCAUCCACACAGAUAUGAAGAAUUCACAAUUGUUUAAUAAUAGUAAAAAUGACAACCAAUCCAUUUCCUCAGGGAUCAUAUCAACCCUUGUAGAUAAUGAAGAUGCAGAAAAUUCUUGGAAUGAGAUUGCUGAUCAGACCUUAAAAGAACUAAGAAUGGAAACUAUGACAUCUGAAACUGAAUGUUCGCUUCAACUUAAUAAACAGAUAAAGAAAAACCAUGAAAAUUCUGAGAAAACCAAUGAUAAAGAUGAUGGUAAAUAUAGCGCUUCGCAGAGAAAACAUAAAGAUUCAUAUUUAAUUGAUAAACAGGCUAAUAAAAAGCAUGACCUAGAAGAAAAUGAUAAUAAAGAUAAUGAACCUUAUAAUCGUGCACUAAGCACUCAGGAUUCUACAACUUCAGAGAGAUGUUUUCAGAAACACAUCAAAGACACUGUUACUGAAAAUAAUGAGCAAUCUAAUUCUAGUGACUCUUUGUGUAAUGUUAUAAAUACCAUGCAAGAGAACAAUUACCGUGUUGUGCAACCCUUCACACAAGCUAUUGGAAGUACAUGUCCAAUUCUUCCAUAUUAUGAAGCUAUACUGCAAAGUGAACAAGUUUUUGGAUGUAGUAGGGCUAAAGCUGCAAGCACACAUUAUAAAAAUACAGAAAGUCCACCAAACACUUCUGAGCCAGAACAAUCUCACUUUGGCUCACAAUUUUCUCCUGACUUGAAAAAAAUGGUAGAAGAUGUCAAGGGUGAAAAUCAGGAAUUAAGGUCCUUCAGGAUUUUGAAGUGUAAAGAAGGAAAUAUUUUUUUUAAACCAAAAAAUGAGGAAUCAGAACUUGGUAUCCCACAUGGAGCAGAAACAUGUGUCACAAAGGAUGAAAGUAUACAGGAAGGCUCUACAGUAUCAGUACCCAUACUGUUGCAUGGUUUUCACACAGAUUUGCAUUCCUUGGCAGAAAUGAAUGGCGGCAUUUCUUUCAGUAGGGCUUCUGGGAGACAGGGAAAUCUUCAGGAGGAGAAAAGUGAGCAAAUACACCUUUGUGCAGUAAGGGAAAGUUGCCAAACAAUAGAGCAAAAUUUCCGUUUUAAAGUGCAAGAGGAAAACUUGCUGGUGCAACAAACCCUGAACAAACUGCCAAGUAAGAAUAGGAUUAUGCAAAAGGAAGAAAGCCCUCUGGCAAAGGAAGAGCUAGAAGACAGAAGUAAUGUUAUCUCUUCACAAAACCCUGAAAAUGCUACUUGCAAAUCCGAAUCUGCUUACCCUAGUUUAACUAAUUCUACAGAUGCCCGCACACUUCCAGCUUCUACAUCAUCUGCUAACUUUUCUAGGUGUAUUGGAGAAUCAAAUGAAGUGUUGAAAGAUAUCCAGAAUGAUUCCAAUAAAUGCCAGUAUCAGUUUCCUCAAAGCCAAGAAGCAGACCAUGAGACUGAAAUAUCUCCAAGUUGUCAGUCAUCCACUUUCAGAACCUGUCAAGAAACUGAACCAACGGAAAAAGGAAAGGUAGACCAUGGCUUAGAUCAUACAUGUGAAGUGUCCACUUGCAUCACUAAGAAUUGGCAACAUAACCCCAAGUCAGAAUUUAAUUUGGUAAUGGCAAAAAUCGCACAUCAAUCUACAGAAGUUUUGGACCCCUGUAGAGUAAAUGUCAUAUCAGGUCAUACACUAGAACUAACUGGCCCAGCCUUACAAAUGGAUUACAGAAGCAGAAAAAAUGAAGGUGUUGAAAACAACAUUCUUGUGACUGAAGAAGACCAUGGAGAAUGUCCUUUAGAGUUAAAUGAAUCUCCUGAGACUUCUUCAGGAGUAGAUGACAUGGAAACAUUCAGUUCUUUAGUCUCGAGUGGCCUCACAAGCUUAAACAUCGGGUCACUGGAGAGUCUGUCAGUAUUAAAUGAAGGUAAAUCAGAAAUGUAUGGAGCUAUUCAUACAGGUGUUCCUGGUGAUUUUUCUCACCUUGGAUUUUCCAAAAUAGACAUGUCAACUUGCACCAUGUCUAAUGAAGCUUACUGCUCUACCCAUACAUCUUGUGAAUGUUUAUCACCUACCAUGGCUCUUGCCAAGUCACAGUUGGCAGAAUCCACAAAGUUCCCUUCUGAUGGAUCAGCCUCCAGCCCAAGAUCUGAAUCUUCUCAACAAAGAUUAGGUUCUGGGACCAAAACUAUAUGUAAUGGACAAGACCAUUCAAAUACGGAGUUAAAGGAUUGCUCACCACAUGGUGUAGCACAUUUUGUAAGUGCCCAGGAAAGCAUUGCUGGGCAUACACAUUUUAAGGAUGAAGGUACAGAUAAAGACUGCAUUACCAUUAAAGUACCAUCUAAACUCCACAGCAGUUUAUUUCAUGACUCAUCACAACAAACGCAGACAUCAAUAGAAGAAAUGUGUGAGAAUACAGAAGGUCUUCACUUCACCUCAAGUGACAUUAACCCAUUUGUUCACUCUUGGCAGCAGGAAGUUAGUCCUAGGGCUGGGUGGAGGAACUGCUCAUUUAACAGUGCCAGUGAUGUAUCUUGCAGUAAGUUGCAAGCCACAACUGAUAAAUUAAUGAGGUGUUCUAGUGUUGAUGAAGCGCUCAACUCUCGAAGUUCCCCUUUUAAUUCACAUCUUAGUUCCUAUGCAAAACCAGUAUCCAGCACAAUAAGCAGUUUUGAAGGAAAUGAUUCCAGACCUGAUUUAAAUUCAUUUGAUGGUUUUCAAGAUCACCUAUUGGAUGAAACUCUUGCUUUACACACAAGAAAUGAUACGGAAUUUGUUGGGACAUCUGGGUCACAAGUACGAUUUGAUGAAUGUUCCCAGCUAGAUGAAAUAAUGAUUCUUUACACUUCAGAGUCCGAGACUUGCAAUGAAAAUGACCAAAGAAUAUCUUAUGAACACAGAACACACACUAAGCCUAGAUAUCGUAGAGCCACCAAGCACCAAAGAAGUAGCACAGAUGUAUUUUCCUCACGGAAAAUGAGGCACCACCAGAGACCAGUUUCUUGGUCCAAUAUGCAGAGCAUGUCCAUUCAUUUAUCACAGCUGUUACAGGAAACCUCAGAACUACUGGGAAAUUUGUCUCAGCAUCACUCUGAAAAUGUCACACUUGAUAUUGCAGAGUCACUUGUGAAAAAAUCAGUCAAAGACUCUUUUACUCAAACUUAUGAAGACAAAGGUAUUCAGACAGAUAAGCCAAAAAUAAACAGUUCUCAGAACUAUAGCACAGAAAGUAACAAUUUUCUAAGCCCCUCAGAGAUAAAUGUCAUUGUAAAGGUAGUUGGAGCAGAUUCAUCAACUCAUAUUCCAGACAACACUCAUUUAACAGGGGCAAAAAGUAGUAGUCAAACGACAAAUGUUAGGACACAAAGCCUUCCAAACUUGCAUGGAUAUGUGCCUGCUAAAUUAGCAGAUCAUGGGAUGUCUAAAUCACCACAUAUGCGAGCGUCUGUCCCAUUCCUGUCUGCUAGCACUCUUCCGCUUUCUUCACCUACAAGUUCUACUAUUUUGAAUAAAGACUCAGAGGAUAUUUCUCUUGCUGUAGCAAAUAGUCCUUUAUCAGGUGUUCAAACUCUGAGAUUCCACACUGCAUGUCAAGGAAACACCAUGAUGGUUGACCGAGCUUCCUCACCAAUUCUAACGUUAAAAGCAAGCAAGAAGCCUGUUAAUAAAUUUGAACUUGAAAACAAUUCUAGUGAACAAAGCCUUCAAGUAUCUCGGCACAGGAAAAGGAGAGAACAAGAAAAGUGUAUGCUACAAGUCACCAGUUCUCAAACAGGAAAAGACAAUGAAAACAUUUUUCCAUUUGGUCAAGGAAGUAAAGAAAAUAAAUUUGAAGUUGUACACUUCAGCUCUCUCAGAGAAUCUCCUGAAAGAAGAAUAGCAACACAUAAAGUUCAGACAUACAAGAGUGAAAACUGCAUUCUGCAAAACAAACUCUCUCCCAUUACCAACCAAUUUAGUAGUAACUCUGAGAUUUCACGGUAUGGAGACAGGGAAGAUACAAAAGACAAUUUAAGAUCCACUCAACCCAAAAAAGUACCUGCAACCACAUUUACUGGUUUGCCGCCAUGGGAACGCCCACAGUCACUUGAAAAUCUCUAUCAGAUGGCACAUCCCGUGUUGGACGGGCACAGACAGUCCCUAACAAGAACUACAAAGACACAAGAUUGUGCUGAUGAGAAUGAUCUUGCUAGUAUUACCAUAACAUCAAGUAAUUCAUAUGCAAAAAAUGAAAUCCGCCAAUAUUCACCUUCCCAAGUAAGUGGUUUUGACUUGCAACUGCAGGAUGAUGGCUUAUCUGUAGUGGAGAGUGAAUGCAAUACUGACAUUCUUCUAGGUCAAGAACCCAGUUUGGCAAGCAGUCACAAAUCACAUAAUUAUAGUUUGCAGGAUCUGCCCCUUCAUAAUAAGUUCAGCAAUUGGUCUGGAUUUCAAGGUAUCUUACAGAGAAAUGAACAGUUGUUAAUGAGUUAUCCAAAUCUGAGUAUGAAACAAAGCCCCACCUGUACGUCUCAGGAAGAGGCGGAAAGCCGAUCUCGUGAGAUUGAGAAACUGCAGCGGGAGCGUGCAGAGGUCAUGUCUGCAGUACACUUGAAGAUUAAUCCACAGCCACUUACUGUACAGCUAGCAGAAGCCAAGCUCAGUUACGGAAUUGGAGAAACUGAUGCACUACUGAGAGUGAUACAGACAGGAAAGAUGGAUAGUCAGGAUCAGGUUUCUGUGAAGAAACAGCUAUAUGCAAGGCAUAUGAAAGUGAUAGAAAAUUUACGCAAGGAAAGAGAAGAGAGAUUGCAAAGUUUCAGAAGGAGCCGCAGCCUCAGCCCCCAGAAACAUCUGAGUGCCUCACAAACAUCGUUGUCCUCAUUGAGAGAUUCUGAUUUGCCCAGUCGACGCAGGGAAUACCUGCAGCAGCUGAGAAGAGACGUUGUGGAUAGCACCAGAGUUCAGGAACCAAAGAGAAGGCUAUCUCAGUGUCCCUCAGAGAUUGAGGCGAUGCUGAAGGAUUAUCAGAAGGCUCGGGAAGAGGCCAGGACUGAGAUUGCUAGAGCAAGAGACAAGUUGCGUGAGAGGGCAGAGCUAGAGAAGAGACGUCUGCUGCAGAAGGAGGAUACCAAAAUGAAGACACUUGUAAGCACCAGCACUUUAUUUACCAAUUCUAGUCUGAGUCUGUCCUCAGGGCCAACAUCAGGGUACAACAGUGGCAUGACGGCCACCCCUGCUAAGGGCAAUAAGAACACUUUUAGGGAGGCAAAGACUUCACCAGUGGGCUUGGACUUGGAAAUGGGUUCUGGAAGAGGAAGAUCUGCAGUGAGAAACGGUUUUCUUCUGGUCCCCACUCAUAAUGCUUCAGUGCCUGACCCGAAUAUAACCCAGCCACCUUCCGAUAAAAGCUCAGCAGCUGAAGCAUCACCAACACACCGUGCUCGUCCACACACUCCCCUCCUACGUACACCCGUAUUAUAUCAGGAUCUCGCCACUCAGGUUCAAGCCAGCGCAAUGGCAGAGGUUAUGGCUGCUUGUUCAUAUGACAUAAAGAACCUGUUUAAUGGCCAGGCAGCAGCAGGUUUGAUAUACCAGGUAACAGAGAAGGAUGUAUUGGUAUACUACAAGGCCUUCUCGUCGCCAACAAAGCAUGGCUUUAUCGGAGCUGGGGUCAUUAAGAGGCCUCUAUAUAAUGUCUGGGAUAUGGUGAAAGAUGUUCAUGCGAGGAGACUAUAUGAUAAGUCCAUCCUAAGCUCUUGUGUACAUCAGAGGGUGAGCAGCACUGUUCAGCUGGUCCAUGUGGUGAUGGAUAUGUCACUUUGUUACCUAAAGCAACCCAGGGAUUUCUGUUGCAUCACUGUGGAGUCCAAAGAGGAGAAAUGUUACAGCUUGUGCUUCCAGUCAGUGCAUAACGAGUCCAUGCCACGUCCUACUAAGGAUGUUGUAAGGGGAGAGAUCCUACCCAGUGCCUGGAUACUGCAGCCUGAUAUCAGCAAUGGAGAAACAGUCACACGUGUCAUUUAUAUGGUCCAGGCUGAUUUUGGAGCUCCAGCUAUUCCCUCCAGGCUGCUUGGUGUGGUCAGCAAGCGUCAGUCUCUCGUGCUUUCAAGUCUGGCCAAUUUCUUCUCUAGGUAACUAAACUUUACAAGCAUCAGCACAACGGACUAAUAGUUCCAGAACCAUUGUCACAGAACUCUGAUGGAUUCUCGUGACACCAAGUACAGUAUGCCUGUAGCACACAUUCUUAUAGGAUUUGGCAGCUAUCAAGCUUGUAAGACAAUCAUUUCUUUAGUUGGUUUUAUUUUCUGUGGAUGGUUUAAAAAACAGUUUUGGACACAGUAUUAUGAAUGAGGACAGUGGUGUGUUGGCUGCGCAGAAGGACUUUAGUGUAGGGCAGAGACAGUUGGACCCCUUUCAUACUGAGGCGCUAAAAAUAGCACCUUGAAAGAUCUGCAGGCUUUCACACUGGAGCGGUGCGCUAG